GGCACAGCUGACUGUUAACUCAACACUGACCAGCCUGGAAGACACACUCUCAAUCCUGGCAAUACUCGAAUGCGGAUCCUAUAACACCAUAGACAGAUACAUGAGCCAGUUUAACGCAUGUGCUCGCCAGGUAAAUCUGAGCUCCUUGCCCAGCCCACUUGUUAGAGACGCAAUACUGAAGAUGGUGCUGCUAAAGCUGAGACCAGAACUCCAGCACUUCUCCAGCCAGCGCUGGGCAGGCUGGUUCCAGCAGCAGCUGCCCUUAUUGCUGCCCAGUCUGAACAAAACCCACCUGGCAUGGCUGGGAACCAACGUCUCAUGUGCUUCCUAUCAAGCCACAGUCAAAGGAUUCAACAUGAGUUAUGAGUCCCUUUCACCUUCCAACAAAAUGGACAUAUAUAACAGCUACAUUAAAACCUACCUGAGCCAACAAUCACAUCCUACAGGGAUUGCCUGUGACACCCAAAGAGGAAUGAGAAACUGGAUUGACAUAAACCUGGGGAAAUUCAUAGAACAAUCCUCCAUGCAAGAUCUCAUUCGUUUCAAUGCUAAAUUUAAGGAACUAAGUGCUCAGGGCCUGAAAGACUUGCUGGGACCUCAUUUUGGGUUUCAUCUUGAAGCAGGAUCUUCACAAGAGCCAUCAGCAGCACCUCCUGUAACCGGAAGAGCAACAACAUAUAUUAAAAAUCACACAUUUUGGAUUUUUUACUGUGUUUUCCUCCUCUGGCUACUAAAAACUUUUUCGUAAGAUGAUAUCCUCCUCCUAAUAAUGAGGUAUUCUAGCACAGAGACUCAUCAAUCAACAAGGGUGUUUACUUUCUUCAGAGCUUGUUGCUUCUUAAUAAUCUAGAGGUGCAACUGCAGGAUGUUAAAGACCUACAGAAAUCUGCAGAAUCUGGUGCAUUUGUUGGUAAGUACAUUGUCUAGAGCCCCAUCUCCACACCUUAACCAGAGCUUUUGAAGCUGCAAGGACAAAACUCAACAAUGCUCUGAGGAUCAGGCCCCUGACACUUCCAGUUUCUCUUUGCAUUCUGCCCACAGCUCUGCUCAUUAACAUCACAGGCACUUAGCACCUUCCAUCUAGGUACCUCAGGGUGCUUCUACAAACAGUGCAAAGCUAGUUUUUUGUUAAUAAAGCUCCUGUUAAU